AUGCUUCUUGAAGACGACGAGCAAUUCGAGCACGAAGAAGCAUGGAUGGAAGAAUGUCAGGAGAUUUACCUUAAGCUUUCAACGGACACAGAAGAUUUUUUAAAGGAACAAUUAGUCCUAAGGGAUGGAUGAUUUUAUUUUUGGGGGGGGGGGGGUUGGGCAAUUACCAAAAAAAAAUUCCUGCACAGCAAAAGUCAAGAAAAAAAAAAUCAUGCACAGUGGGCCAGGGAAAAAAAAAAUUCGAGCAAGCCUUUCUACUGGUAGGAUCCUGUUAGAGCAAAUAAAAAGGUAAUCUGUAAUUUUUGUCGAUUUUAUUUCAACAGACCAAAAAUGCUGUUAAACUGUUUGUAAAAUAAUUCACUUCUUUGUGUUUCAUAUCAUAAAUAUCAAAAAUACAACAUUUCCAUCCAUCUCUUGUAGUAAAACAUAAAUUUGAACCAUUUCACUGAAUCUGGUAUUAUUAUAAAAAUCAAGUCUUAAAAUAUCAUUUAUAUUUAAAUAUAACUUGUAUUAUAAAAUAACUUUUAGCUAUCUUCAACAUAUCUCAUAUAUAUUUAUUAAAUAACAAUUACUGCAAUGUCUUAUAGUGUCUAUGUUUCUGCCCCUUUUUCUGCUUCUACAGAAGCUUCUUAACAGACCAAAAAUGCUGUUAAACUGUUUGUAAAAUAAUUCACCUCCUUGUGUUUCAUAUCAUAAAUAUCAAAAAUACAACAUUUCCAUCCAUUUCUUGUAGUAAAACAUAAAUUUGAACCAUUUCACUGAAUCUGGUAUUAUUAUAAAAAUCAAGCCUUAAAAUAUCAUUUAUAUUUAAAUAUAACUUGUAUUAUAAAAUGACUUUCAGCUAUCUUCAACAUAUCUCAUAUAUAUUUAUUAAAUAACAAAAACUGUAAUGUCUUAUAGUGUCUAUGUUUCUGCCCCUUAUUCUGUCACUUCUUCUGCUUCUGCCCGUGCCCCUCCUUCUGCCAUUGCUUCUGCUUCUGUCACUGUUUUUGCUUCUGCGCCUGCUUUACUCUUCUUUCUUUUUUCCAGAGCAGAGUGUGACAAAAAAGGAUACACAAAAGAGAAGAAGAUACAAGACAUAAAAGCCAAUUUCUUUGGCAGACAGCUUAACAGCUCAUCCAAGAAACAAAACAAUGGUCCAACUUUAAUCUCAUUACAAGGUACCACGCAUAGUCACCCAUCUUCAAAAAUCACAAGUCAGCCUCCUUCUGCAAAUUCCUCGACACUACAUGUUCCACCUUGGGGUGGCACCCUAAAUAAUACUGCUCACAUGGUCACACAAUCAUUAACAAACACUUGCCCCAUUGAUAAUUAUUUGACUAUAUUCUAUGUGCUAUUAACUGACCACAAGAAGUUACAUCAAGAACUUGUGAAGUCAACAGAGAUUUUUGCUGGAACCCUCAUUCACAUCAAAAAUUUAUUUGACACCAGAAUGUUUCCUGAAGCAAAACUUGAAUGGCUACAUUUGUUUCCAGCAAGAUUUGACCUCACAGCACCAAUCAUUGAUUUGUGGGGAAAUGAGGAUGACCUCUUUCUCUCAAGGCUUCAGCCUGUCUUGCGAACAACAUAUACUGGAACCUGUUCUUCGCCUGCAUGCCCAGCCCAACAGGUGGAUUAUGUCUCCCACAACGUUAUGUUAAGGUACUUGCCUGCAACAUUUUAUGCAUUUAUGCAUGGCUUUUAAAUGAUAUACCCUUCCAUGGAAAGUACAACCAGUCAGAAUAUUAAAGCAUAUAUUUGUAUGUUGCUAUUAAAAUGUUGCCUGUAUGUCUGUGUGUUGUAUGUUAUCUUUUCUUUUAAUUUUAUGUAUGUCUGUAUGUAUGCAAAAGUACAUGCAUGUCUUCUCAUAUAUAAACCCUAUUAAAAUAAUGUAUUUAAUGUGUUAUUUUCAAGUGAGGUUGGCAUACCACCUCCAGGAUUUCUGCAGAUGAGUCUUGACGAGUGGAUGUCAACAGAUCGUGUGAAAACACUGUGCGGUUCCACUCUUCUGGGUCCACUUACAGGUGGUAGCCCCCACUUUUUUGGGACAGUUCUUAGUCAGUGCCCUAGUUCUGGUCAAUUUGUGUAAGUUAUACACAUUGUUAAUUUAAAACAAAUAACAUUUAACUGAAUUUUUGCUUCAAAUCAAAAUAGAAGCAUUGUCACAUCAGCAUAUAGACCAUGUAGCUGAAGCUCUUGAGUAGGGUGCUGAUGUAAACGUUCAUUUCCAUGUUUAAAUUUGUCCUAUUUAUAAAUAUCCUUUGAAAUCAUUAAAUGUAUUUAUUGUAAUAGGAUUAUAUGAUUAAUUGUACAAGUAGUGUUCAUUCCUGUAACCAAGUUAUUGGUUUUCCAUGUAGGCAACAACUCCAAGCAUAUUGUGGUGGACAACGGUCUUACCAAAGGCGGACAUUUGUACGUGGAAGUCCUCCAUUUAUCCCCCUUGUCUUGGAUCACUUUGCCACAAAGGGGAUUCUUGCAGAUAUUUCUCAGUUACCCCCAGAUAUCAAGCUUGAAGGACACAGGUAAGCAGUUAGGGUUCACUACUCUAUGUGUGUGUUGAUACAGUAACACUUUUAAAAUGUGCAAAGAGGAAAUCAUAUGUUAAAAUGUUCAUCAGUGCAAAGAGUGAAUCAUACCACUCUCAGUGAAAUUUAUGAGGUUGUGAUUUCUCAGAAGAAUUUUAAUUUAUAAUGACAGAAGAUGGUGUGCUAUAAACUGUGUGAAAUGUACAUAUCUUAUUCUUGUUUAUGUAGAGAAUGAUGUAUUAAACAGUUUGUCAUAUUUCUUCCAGAUAUGUCCUAAAGGGUGCUACAUUUUAUAGUGGAAAUCACUAUAGAGGUGCUGUAAAGAGGGGAGGCAACUGGUUCCACUAUGAUGGUCUAUGGGAGAGGCAACAGCCAGGAAGUGGAUUGAGACUGGGGGGCACAGCUACUCCACAUGGCUUUAUGCUGUCAAGCUGCAUUUAUGUCAAGGCUUUGUUACUGUAAGAGGGUGGGAAGUAUUAAAAUUUGCUAGGUGUUUUCUUAAGACAACAUUUGUGUUUUAGAUAAGAUAUUCAAUACUAAUUUCCUGGCAUCGGAUAAAAAGAUCCAGGCAUUUUUACAACAUUUGUAAUUCAGCUGAACAGAAUUCCUUUAUAUUUAUUUUUGUAACCCAACAUGUAACACUGAAUAGACUAAAUGCAGCUUGACAGUAUCGGCCUGGAGAGAAAGCACUGCUUGAGGUACAUGUACCAUCUUGUAUAGACAUACCCUAUGGAAUGCUCAUUUUUGGUGAUACUAAAUAUGAAGACUAAAAAAAAUGGAAAAAAAAAAAUUCGUGCACAAACCUUUAGGUGCUAAAAAAAAUUCGUGCACAGCCCAAAGGCGAAAAAAAAAAUUCUUACCAAGCAAAAAUUGCCCAACCCCCCCCCUCAAAAAUAAAAUGGUCCAUCCCUAAGUCAAAGCUCACACGAAAAAGGCAUUGCCGGAACUUCUGUCACUGUCAGCGCACCGAAAGAAACAACAGAAAAUUUUGUCAGCCAAGAUGAAAUCCACACUGAAAACACAGCUAAUAAGAAAGGAAAAACCGGAAUUUCGCCUUCCAGUUAUCAGUCUUCUCAAGAACAAAACGCCGAGAUACAGAAUUCUAUCGCCGAUAAUAAGCAAGCUACCGAUAACGUGAUAACUAAUGACAUUACAGAACAAAACACACCGCCUGUCAACGCAAAUGGCAACAACACGCAAACAGCUGUCUGA